GCCUAAGAUGGCCGAUCUGCCACUAGCCCGGCUCCAUUUAUUAAAGCCAGCAUUCUAUAGUACUGGAGUGGAUUGCUUUGGGCCUUUUAUUGUGAAGGUCAGCCGUCGUAAUGAAAAGAGAUGGGGAGUAGUAUUUAAAUGUCUUACAACCAGGUGUGUCUAUUUGAACAUAUUUAAUAGCGUGGAUGCAGACUCUUUCUUAAUGACCCUUCGACGCUUUAUUCCACGACGGGGAAAACCCUAUGAAUUGCUUUGUGAUCAAGGUACAAAUUUCCGUGGAAGUAAUCGAGAGUUGUGUGAGGCCUUUGCAAGUUUAACAAAUGAUCUUAAGUUGCUUCUGGCCAAACAAAAAAUUAGGUUUCAGUUCAAUCCACCAGGUGCACCACAUUUUGGUGGUGCUUGGGAGCAGGAGAUUCGUUCGAUAAAGACUGCACUUAACAUAACCUUGGGGUCCCAAACAGUUACUGAAGAGGUGCUGAGGACAAUUCUAGUGGAAGUAGAAGGGAUCUUAAAAGCAAAACCUUUGGGGUACGUUUCUUCCAAUUUAGCUGAUCUUGACCCAGUGACCCCCAACUAUCUGCUUAUGGGGCGGCCUGACUCAUCUCUUCCUCAGGUUGUCUAUCCUGAAUCAGAUCUCUUGACUAGAAGGAGGUGGAGAUACAGCCAGGUGCUGGCAGAUCGUUUCUGGUCAUGCUUUCUUAAGUAUUACUUACUGAAUCUUCAGACACGUCAGAAGUGGCAGAAACAGGCAGCUAAUCUAGCAGAUGGAAGGGUAGUAAUGCUUCUUGAUCCACAGUUACCCAGAGCUUCAUGGCCUGUAGGUAGAGUGCUGCGCGUCAUACCAGGAGCUGAUGGACGAGUUCGAACAGCUGAAGUAAGGAUUAAUGGAAGAGUGUAUACUCGACCUGUGACCUGACUUAUAGAACUUCCAAAAAUACCUGACGAUGAGCCUUCCAGUGACAAACCUGCAGAAUGAUGUAAGAGGUCAAAUUUGGUAUAUCAAAUUUGGGGGCGGCUGUAAAAAAGGCUCCUGUGCCUUUAAGGCGCUAAAGCAUGAUCACGUGAAAACCGUGGCGUGUGCAUUGAGCAUGUGCGUUUGUGAGAUGUACCUCGUGAAAGCCGGAACUACUGGAGCCACUAGAGAAAGUUUAAGUUUGUGCGUUGUUGACCAAAUAACCACACAUACACCUACUCACCUACCUGUACAGUUGUUCUACUUCAUGUGAAAUGUUGGCAUCUCAACAUUAAAGCGAUGUUCCUGAAAUGGUUGGAUUAGUUCCUGUGUUCUAACCGACACACCACAGCGACUACAGCGUAUUGCAAGUCUGCUUUCUUCAUAACAAUUUUUGGUCCUUCAAGCCGGAACGCAGUGGUUACUGUGGAACAUGUAUCCUUACUCCAACCAGCAAGCUGGAGCGACCUAUCCAAGAAGACAGUCGCGCCCUCUGCGUUACUUAGAAGAUUAUGAUUUAAGCUAUGCAGGCUACAGGGUUCUAGAAGCAUCAUCUUCACUGCAGCCAGGAGUACUGCACACAAUUUACCAAGAAGAGGAUUAUGAUGCCAGCAGAAUGUUGUUACCUCAAACUCUGCAAGCGCAAGCAACACCAAAUCGUAGAGAUCUAGAGAUAACUUCACCAGGAACACAGAAUAAUUUUCAUAGAAAGCUACAGCUUGAGAGAGACUAUGAACACUCACAAUCAAAGACAGCUUGCCUUUCUAAUAUUAGUCCUGAGUCAUUAAGAAGGGCUGGACCAGUUCCUGCACCACGGACUGUCUAUCGAACACCAGUGCCAUCUCCUAGGACUUCAAAUACCCCUUGUAACUACAACUACAAUGAGGACCUGCCAAGAAUGCAGAAACAGUGGGAAGGAGAUAAUGUAAGUAAUAACAGUUUUAAUGCACCUUUAUCACCU